GUCACAGUAAGCAUCAUGGCGUCCAUACCUGGUCUUCCCUACGUUAUUGUGCUUGUGUUUAUCUCCAGCACCGCGCUGGGAAAGCCGGAUAACACGUCAUCAUGUACCCUGGAGAUGUUCGGUAACAGCUCGAACGCCUUUUGGGCCUGUCGGACAGAACUGGCGCUGCAGAGAAACUGGUUUCCUGACCCCAUAGCCGGGCUGUUUUCCUACCAGACUUGGAACGGAUUUGACGGUUUCUGGCAAAAUGGAGCCGUUUUGGAAUCUGUCGUCAAUUUUAUGCAUUACGCAAACAAUACACGACAUCUCAGUAUCAUCCAGAAUUCCUUCCGAUAUCUGGACGAUCUCUUACUGGCUUACGCCCCCGAACCUUCAUACGACGACAUGGCGUGGUUCGGCCUAAGCUACGCGAGAAUCUACGAGAUCUUUGGCGACCAGAAUUUCCUGAGCAGUGCCAAGGACGUUUUCGACCACAACUGGAUGAGAGGCUGGGACAGUAGCGGUAACUGUACAGGCGGCAUGUGGUUCGACUACACCAAAGGUUCCAAACAAACCAUCACAAAUGUGCAAACUUUGCAACUUGGCGCUCGCCUCUACCGUUUAACAGGUUUCAAGGAUAAAGAUCUACUGAAGAAGGUUAACAAACAAUGGCAGUACAUAGUCCAGAACCAACUAGUCGAUCCUCAUACGUACCUCGUAUCAGACGGAGUGGACUAUAACAACAAGACAAAAAACUGCACAGCAAACAAAGUCUUCGGACCAACUUAUAACAGCGGCGUGCUGAUUGGAGGACUAGUUGAACUCUACCGCAUUAACAACCAAUCAUCGUAUCUGUCACUAGCUCACAAGCUAGCCAAUGCUACCAUUGCAAACAGCACUAAGGGCGGUAUAUUUCGUGAGUAUUGUGAAGACUCUGGGGGUUGCGACGACGAUGCAUUAAUGUACAAGGGUAUCUUUGUACGCAAUCUUCGCUACCUCAUGGAAUUGAGCGACAACAGUACCAGGGCACAUUACAACCUCUGGAUACAGAACAACGUAAAGGCGGUUCUCUCAAGAAGUCGCUGCGAACCUCUGGUUGAAAAGUGCAACAUCACCUACAAAGACGGUCCCCCGGUACACAACGUUACGGGCCCUUUAUUCGGAACCACCUGGGCCGGACCGUAUAACCAGUCAGCCCCGAUGCAGGAAACGUGCGUCCUGGAUCUGUUCACGUCGUCCAUACCCCCGGGGGUCCGGUGUGUGGGGCAGGGAUGCACGUAUGAUCCCCCCAAUCCCCCUCCCAUCCACCUGACGUGCUCCAGUCACCCAUGCCCCCCGGGGGAGGACUGCUGUAAUGUCGGGAAGAGUUUCACAUGCUGUGACAUCACUCAGAAGUGUAAGGAUGGCAUCUGCACGUAAAUGAGGAAUGACUCUAAUAAAAGAUUCUAUACUGUGCAUGUGCUCAUUUUUAACUCAGUUUUAACUGUUCUAUCAUUUCCUGAUCUAUUCAUCUAAAAGUGAACAACUUGAAGGUCGACAGUUUCUUCCACGUAGACCAACGUCACCUUGCGGUUAACUGCAGAGUUGAUCGUACGAGAUGUUUUUAUCUGUAGGGACACCUGUUAAUUACAGUAGUUUAUUUGUCUUGA